CGAGAGAGAGAGAGAGAGUAACCUCAUAAGAAGGGAAACUCAACCUCCAUAAUACAAAGUUGCAACCCAUCUUUUAGAAAAACUCAUCUCUCUCUCUCUCUCUCUCUCUCUCUCUUUCUAAGGCUUUGCAAUUUUUCUAUCUUGCAUUGCUCUUUGUGCUCAUGGAAGUCAACAUAACUAUUGCACCUGCAAGCCCACCAGCUCCUAGUACUGCAAACAACCACACACAAAAACACCAUCACUUACAUUCACAAAUCCAUAGCCAAAGCCAUCACCAUGGCAUUUUCUCUUCCACUUCCAUUCUUAUACUCGUCAUAUCCAUCAUCUUUAUUAUCCUCCUCCUCGCCAUAAUCCUAAUCAUUUUUCUGCUCAGAAGACUCAAAUCUGCUAAAAACAAUGGCAAUUGGAAGGAGCACAAUAGCAUGCACAACACAAGUCGCAGGUUCAUUGCUCACACCACUGUGAAUGUCAAUUCUAGCCCAGAUGUGAAGGGUGGGUGCCUUUAUGGAGGGAAUAAGGGAAGGACAGCACCACCUAAAGUUAGAGGGGUUCAAGUUUAUACGUACAAGGAGCUUGAAGUGGCCACAGGAAAAUUUAGUGAAGCAAAUAUAAUUGGUAAUGGAGGAUACGGAGUGGUGUAUAGAGGGGUCCUGAGUGAUGGGACCGUGGCGGCAAUUAAGAUGUUGCAUAGGGAAGGCAAGCAAGGGGAGCGUGCUUUCAGAGUUGAGGUGGAUCUGCUUAGCCGCUUACACUCUCCUUAUCUGGUGGAGCUACUUGGCUAUUGUGCUGACCAACAUCAUAGACUAUUGGUUUUUGAAUUCAUGUCUAAUGGUACACUCCAACACCACCUCCACCCCUCUCACAUUCAACAUAGGCCAUUGAAUUGGGGUACCCGAUUGAGGAUAGCCCUUGAUUGUGCUAAAGCCCUUGAGUUCCUCCACGAGCAUGCAAACCCAUCCCCAGUUAUCCACCGUGACUUCAAGUGCACCAAUGUUCUACUUGAUCAAAAUUUUUGUGCCAAGGUGUCCGAUUUUGGAUUGGCCAAGACAGGGUCAGACAAAAUCAAUGGUCAAAUUUCGACACGUGUUCUCGGGACCACUGGAUAUUUGGCACCAGAGUACGCUUCAACGGGUAAGCUUACUACAAAAUCAGAUGUGUAUAGCUAUGGUGUGGUACUCCUAGAGCUGUUAACAGGUCGCGUACCAGUUGACACGGAACGACCCACUGGAGAACAUGUCCUCGUCUCAUGGGCUCUUCCACGAUUAACCAACAGAGAAAAAGUAAUGGAAAUGGUUGAUCCGGCUCUACAGGGCCAGUAUUCAAAGAAGGAUCUAGUUCAGAUAGCCGCUAUUGCAGCUGUGUGUGUGCAACCAGAAGCAGAUUAUCGGCCUCUAAUGACUGAUGUUGUGCAGUCACUAAUCCCUCUAAUCAAAAACCUCUCUUCUGUUUCUUCCUCUAGUUCCUGUAGAUUUCUAAGUCAAACAGUAAGUCCCAGUUGUUAGGGGCUACAUUGAAAACUGUGUGAUCAAGCUGUCGCAGUAACUCUAAGCUGGUUCUUGUGAGAACUGAGUGACAACCAUCCUACAAUUUCACAGUGAAAAAUAAAACCUUUAUCUUUCAAAUAUAAACUUUCAAAAUGUGCAACAUUCUCCUCUCUACCAUACAAAAGAAGAUCUUGUCAUUUCCUCCAAGGUGAUCAUAGCAGGCUCGCUUGAUUUUUUCAGUUUCUUCUGAGACCCUAAUAUUACAUUUUGUAGUAUAACAGCUGCAGUAGAGACAGCAAUUGCUUUUAGAUUUCUAAACCUUGACUAGAGCUUUUGCAAUAUAAACAUAGCAGUUUCAUGCAUGGGAUCUUGUAAGCAGAAUUCCAUACUUGAAAAUUGUACUCAUAAAUCUGAACUUGAAGGUCAAAGGCAGCUUGGGGCACUUAGGCCUGGUACAGAAGCUGUGAUUCUCCUUUGAGCAUGUAUCUUCAGUAACAAUUUUUUGUAGAUUAAUUUAUAUAUGUUGUUCAGACA